CUUUUCAUUGUGGAAUUUUUAUUGCUUGUGGAAUUCAUUAUCGCAAUGAAAUUUUAUAUAUCAUGAUUGUGACCCGAAAGGAAGAUUAAAAAAUAAUAAUAUCUGAAAUGUGAAUCUGGAGACAAACGGCUCGUGUAGGUUAUGUCAUCAAAUGAUUAGAAAUAUAUAUAUUUUAUCGGAAAAAAUAAUUAUCAGUGGAUAAAUUAGCAAUUAAUGGACUGCUGGCGCUAUUUACCUGAUUACUAUCCUAUUAUCACAUGCUCAUGUAUGUGUACAGUCAAUUGAUAUUUAAUACUAUUGUUGAUUAUACCCGAGUGUCCCGAGUCAGUGUAGUUGCAGUCCGAAUUUAGUAAUGGAUGACUAUAGUUCUUUAGAUGAUGACGAGUUAAAUGAUUAUGAUAUUUAUGGAAAAACACCCCCAAGAACGAAAAUACUAAGGAAAAACCGAGAAAGAAGGCAGAAAGAAAGAGAAACUAGUGGAGUCAAUAUUAAACCCAAAAUAUUGGAUAGAAGGAGAACCUUACCAAAUGUUCACAAAAUGUCCAAAAGUGAAGAAGAAGAUACUGAAGUCAACAAUGAGCAAGGGGAAGAAGGUCCAAAAAGGACUAGCAAACGCCAACUGAAACUUCUACGUGGAUCUGAAAGAGAUCUUAAACUUGACAUUGCUAGUGCACAGGCAGUCACUGAAAAAAUGACUACCAAUGGUGAAAAACAAGAAUAUGUCAAAACCCCCAGCUUUCAGGUUGAGCACAGCAAAUGCUUUAUGAGCCUUAUGAGUAGGACUGUUCAAUGUGCUAAGAGCUUCAAACAGAAGAAACUUGAUUAUAAAGCCAAAGAAGCAAAUAAAGAAGACUUGAAAACAGAGACAGAUGAAUGCCCUCAAUCAAGGGUAGAAUUUUAUGACAUGCUAAAGACCUUGAUCAGAAUGGGAAGUGGAGAGAAAAAUGUUUCAGAUCGAAAUCCAAGAAGAGCUUUGAGUAGAGAAGAAACUUUGUGGCAAACCGAAUUGAAAGAUGUGAUUUGGUUAGAGCUUCAAGCAUUCCAUGCUGAAAGGAGUCCAAUGGAAGAAGAUUCCUACCUUUGUAGUGCUAGAGAGAUGGUUGAACCACUGUUAAAUGACAUAAAGAACUAUAGGUUUCAAAGACAUAAAAGGCAUUGUACUCAAAAUAGUGACAAUGGAGUUGGGGAUGAUUGCUCCGGGUGCUUGUCUAUUUACUGUAUAAACUGCUUGGAAGCUCAAACUGAAGCUUUGAAAGAAGUGGAGCAGCUACUCAAACGAUUGGAGGAAGCGGAAAGUUUGUUUCCAUCAAGCAAAGCAUUUGCGGAAUUGUACCCGUUAUAUAGUAGUCCAGAAAUUGUUGGCAAAGUGAAAUCCAUGUGUUUGUGGUACAACAUGACAAGGCAUCAAAAGCUGAAGCUAAGUAUUUUAGGAAGACUGAUGAUGUUAUUGGAAGAUAGGCGUGGACUGUGGCUAGUUCCUGGGGAAGAAACAGGUUCAACUAGCCCAUCUGAUAGUAAUAACAGCUCAAAUUCGUCGACCGGCGAUUUGUACAGUGAUCAGAAGAAUAGUGACAUUGUCAACAUGGCUCCAAUCAUUGCUUUGUUGACUAAAAAAGACGGGUCGAAAGUAUCACCUUAUAGAAGAUAUAUUGAGAAUGUUCUGAAGACAAGGACGCUGGAUAAGAGUCUGAAUUUUUUGCGGAAGCUUCAUACGAAUGUCUUAAAGAAAACUCAGUUGACACUCGAAAAACCGAAGGAUGAUAGUAUUUUUUCAGAGAUUAGUCCCGGAACAGAAGAAGAAGAACUACGUCGAUACGGAUCAUGGAGUCCCGAGGCUCGCAGCGCAGGCCUUCCUUCAUAUCGCGCUAUGUUUGUUUGUCUGUCUAUAGUCCCGAUGACUAUGCUGCACGAGUAUCUGUUGAUGAGACUGGAACAGAAACCUGAGAAUCCAUCUCCACUGAGUGUAAGACAGUUGAUGCGUGAGCUGAAGGAAGGACUUAAAUUGGCAGUUGCUGAAAGGAAAAGAACAUGCGGUUAUAUCGAAUCGGCGAUUUCCGGUACCAAAGAAAAAGUCGACAGUUUCAAUGUACAACUUGCCAGUUUCGAUGACUGUGUAUCGAGAAUAUUCAACGACUAUUUGGAUUACCUAGAGCAGUGGAUUUUACUAUACAACCAUACGUUUCAAAAAAAUCUACUCGAAGACGAAUAUGACUUUUGUUUAGAGAUGUGCGAAAUUAUACCCAAUGGCAAAGAACUGAUUGGGCGCAAGUUUUCCUUCAUACUUGGAACGAUUCUGCAGAGGAUAGGUGACAGGCUGUUGAAAAGGAUUGAUGAAGUAUUGGAGGAAGAGGUGAAUAAUUGUGAUGACGGCAUGGUCAAGCAGAGGUUGUUAUCAGUAUGCCGGCACCUACAGUCAUUGUUCAGUGAAGAAAGAGAGCUGUGUCUCAAGUCUAUAUCGUUCUUUAAAACACAUUUAAAGAAAGAGGGCAUACCUUCUCAAUGUAUGCUAUUUUUGAAGGAGUCUAUAAUAGCAUUCAAAUGCAUUAUACCAGACGCAAUAGCUAAAGUACAAGGACUGUUCGAACAUACUAGCCUAAAUUCCUUAGAUGAAGCCGAUAAAUUAGCUCUCAAUGCCAGAAUUAGAGAAAUUUUGAUGCAAGUUUAUCGUUUUGGAUUUGAUUUUUAUAAAGAAAUGUCCGAUACAACUCCAUCGGCAUUCAGAGGUCGUUUAGUCCACAGUAUGGUCGACUUCGCCACGUUAUGGAUGAAAUUUGUAACUGAACGAUGUGAGAGGGGAAGAGGCAUGAGGCCAAGAUGGGCUUAUCAAGGCAUGGAGUUCCUCCUUACGGUCUGUGAACCAACAAACACCAAACAUCUAACCGAAGAGAAAUUUGAACAGCUAAAGAAGGAUAUGGAUGUGUGCAUUUCACAUGUCAUAGGUACAACAGCACCUUCAACACCGGACAGCGGAUUUUAUUCAGCAUCUCCCCGAUCAAGCAUCGAGCAAAUCAGGUCAAGAUCAAGAGGAUCUUCACCUAGCCCUAGACCAACUUAUAAGAGUCAAAGAUCAGGCGCUAAUAGGAAGAUUAGCAUAGAGCAACAUUCCCCUGGUGCCGAUUCUCUAGAUAGUACCUGUUUAAGUUUCAGACGAGCAGAAUCUCCAAAUGUCAGUACUGUGAGGAUAAAAUUUCCGCCUCAAACCCGUUCUGAGCAUUGGGUAGAAGCUGUGGAAAUGCUAGAUCAAGAAUUGGACAAUAAACUGAGGAAUCAGGAUUUGAUCGGCAAGGUGCUUCAAGAUAGAACUUUGAACAGGAACGUUCUCUGUAAACGAACGGUGACAUUUUCUUGGCAGAGAGGCAUCAAGAUUGGGCAGGGUAGGUUUGGAAAGGUUUAUACAGCAGUCAACAACAAUACAGGUGAAAUGAUGGCUGUUAAAGAAAUUCCGCUAGCACUCAAUGACAGUACUACAGUUAAAAGGAUAGCUGAAGAAAUGAAGAUAUUAGAAGGAAUUGUGCAUAAAAACCUGGUCAGGUAUUAUGGCGUAGAGGUGCAUAAGGAUGAAAUGCUUUUAUUUAUGGAAUAUUGCUCAGAAGGAACACUAGAAAAUUUAAUAGCAUCUACAGAAAAAGGCUUGCCUGAACUAUUGGUUAGAAGAUACACCUUUCAGUUGCUAUGUGGAGUGGUGUGUUUGCACGAUCAUGGAAUAGUCCAUAGGGAUAUUAAGACUGCGAACAUAUUUUUGACGAAUGAAGGAAACUGUCUAAAAAUUGGUGAUUUUGGCUGUGCUGCAAAAAUUAAGUCAUCAACCACUAUGCCAGGAGAACUACAAGGAUUUGUUGGAACCCAAGCAUAUAUGGCUCCAGAAGUUUUCACGAAAAAUAUGUCAGAAGGGCACGGGCGAGCAGCUGAUGUGUGGUCUAUAGGAUGUGUUGUUGUAGAAAUGGCAUCAGGAAAGCGACCUUGGGCUCAGUACGAUUCGAAUUAUCAAAUAAUGUUCAAAGUAGGAAUGGGGCAAAGUCCGGACCCACCAGAUGAAAUGAUAGAUGAAGGACUAGACUUCCUUGACAUGUGUUUCAAGCACGAUCCCAAAGAAAGAGCUACGGCCAGAGAACUAUUGGCACACAAUUUUGUCAAAGUUGGUGAAGAGUGGAACUAAAGAUUUUUUUGUAUUGUUUGUCGAGCUUAUCUUUAACGCUCUUUUAUUCAGUCCAAGCUACUUAAGAUUCACCUUGUUAUUAUAAAAGGAGGAUAUUUUAGUUUGCCAAAUUGGCGGUACAAGUAAGUUAUAGUUAUGUCAAACGAGAUCAUUUUUGUCAUAGAGCAUAUCUCGUAAUUACUGUACUGUAAAAAGUAUAAUUUAAAACGAAUCACAACACUUGGGAGAUCAUUUUGAUCUGAAUUAUUCUAUAAAUUCUCUUUGUAAUGAUGAGACAUAUUAACAUUUUCAAUUAAUUUUUAACAAACAAAAUUUAUUUUUCCGUAUGUUUGAUCUCAAAAAGCGAUUUAGAUUAUUGAUUACUAUUUUAUACAAUUUACUGUAACUAGCAGUAUUUUAACUCAGUCUAAGUUUAAGGUGAUGUGAUUGUACAAAUGUUGUGAUACCUAUUUUUCAAAAUAUAUAUAUAUAUAUAUAUAUAUAUAACAAAAAGAAGGAAAAUAAUGGGCAAAAUCCGCAAAAAGGAGGAAAGUGGAUUCAAGCAGAAAAUAGGAUAGG